AUGGAAGAGGAAACAUGGGGCAUGCUGGUCGCCGCCGGCUUCUUCCGCGCUCGAGUGCUGGGGCUCGACGCCUUCGACAAGAUGCUGGGAGGUCUUGCGUGGUGCCUGCGCGCCUCCAGCGUUGACGUCGAGGUAGAACUGCACUACGAUGAAGCCAUGACCCUCGGUCAGAAGAUCAUGCUCGGUGAAAACAUCGCCGCCGCCCUGCGAUCUAUGCGCUGCCCCUUUCCCUUGAUGUCACAUCAGAUUCGAGGGCUUGACUUCUCUGCAUUGUUCCCCGUGAUCCAGUGGCUGGUCAAGCAGGUGAUCUCGACACGCGAAGAGCUUGCGGAGAAGACCAGGAGGCACGCGAGCCUCAAGUUCUCGCAGGCUCACGCGGACUCGCAGGCAGGAGAGGAGAGGGAGAGAGACACGUCAGCUCGUGCGCUGCGAUCUAUCAAGGACAAGUAUAAGCCUAAGAGAAAGUAUAGACAACGAUCAGCCAGGAAGGAGCAGCCUGAGCACAUGCACGUUCAGUGUGUGCUGCUGGAAUACGGGCAAGCGCUCCCUCAGGGGAGAGGAAAGCAUGCGGAGGACGAGACAGAGGGAGACGAAGAAGCAGAGCUCAGAGAAAACCUCGACGAAGUGGAAGGAGACCUCGAGUUUCUCUCUGGCAAGCGGGUCGGCGCGCUGGUCGGGAUGCAGUCGGAAGCGAUUCAAUCCUUGACAGCAGAGUAUGAGCAGCACUUCCAGAUGUUCGGGGGAGACCCAGAGCGAGCCAAGCAGCAGGGCAAGGAGCAGGCGCACAAGCGGGCUGUCGCUGCUCUCACCAAGCAGAUCAGCGUAGCCAAGACCAAGUGCAACGCGAGGAAGUCAGCGUUCGAGACCCUCGCGCAAGAAGUCAAAGAAACGCAGGCGACGCUGCAGCAGCAGAAGGCAGCGACGGAGCGUGUGAGCUCCGAGCUGGAGAAGCUCAAGGCUGUUGAGACUCCGGAGAACAAGAAGGACAUCGCGAUGCUGGAGGGCCUGGUGAACCAGAACGAGAGCUUGAAGGAGCAGGAGGAGGCGUUCCGUGAGCACUGCAAGGGAAGCAAGCAGGAGCUGCUGUAUCGCCUCAAGGAGUUAGACGAGGGUCGCGGGCUCCCUCAAGACGAGCUGGAGAGGCUGGUGAAGGUCGAGGGCCUCUACCAGAGCGAGACGGAGAAGCUGCACAAGAUCAGCGAGCUGCUCGCCCGCAAGACUCAGCAGGUGCACGUGCUGCGAAGAAAAAUCGACGACGUGGCGAGCAGAGCAGAGCUGGUUCAAUAUGAGCGAAGGUUUGUGGAGCUGUACGAGCAGAUCGCGUCGAACCUGGAGGAGACAAGGAGGUUCUACAACAAGUACAACUCGCUGACUGACUGCUCCAAGUUCCAGCACAAAGAGAUCUCAAUCCUCAACAGCAUCAGCUCCUCGUUCUCGAGCGUCGCCGCCAGUGAGAGCAGAAAGGCUGACUUCUCGCAGCAGCUGCAAGUGAUCAAGAAUGGCGUACAAGACAAUCUCGCGAGGGUGCAGGCCAAACUAGAUGAAGCAACAAAGAAGAGAGACGAGGAGGCUGCGAAGUUGGCGAAAGCGAUGGAGCGACAAAGGAUCUACUUCAAGGCCGUGAAGCAGUUCCAGGAGGAAUGCCAGAAGAACGAG